AUGUCUCAAAACGAAGGGCAUCUUCGCCCGAAGAAACUCAUCUACCUGAGGCAGUACCACGCGAUCCGCGAGGAAACGCUACAAGCUCCAAGCUCCAAGCUAACAAUCUCUACAGUCGCACCAGGCGAUAUAUCAGCAACCCCAGAACUUGAAGCAACCGAAUCCCCUGCACACGCCGACUCGACCCUCCGCUCGGAAACCUCAACACCUAACUCCAUAACCGAAACCGAAAUAAUCUCCCACCCAGCCCGAGCCCACCAAUUCAUCACAAACCCGCCCCUCACUGUUUCCCAAAUCCACGGCACAAACCCCCUCCACCAAUUCCACUCCUGGUUCAAAGAUCCCCGCCUCACACCAAGCUCAGCCCCAGAAACCUGUACCCUGGCAACAGCCUCGCUCCCUUCCGGCCGCGUCAGCGCCCGCAGCGUAUACCUGAAAGAACUCGACGAGCGCGGCUGGGUGGUCUACAGUAACUGGGGCAGUCGCGAAGGGAAAGGCGGACAGGUCUUCGGAAACGAAGAGGGAGGAUCCACGAAGCUCCCCGAGCCAUCCGAGGCCGCAGCCUCGCAUCUGGGUAAUCGGUGGGGCGCGCUAACAUUCAGCUGGGCAGCCGUUGAGCGCCAGGUUAGAAUCGAGGGACUCUUUGAGCCGCUUAGUCGGGAGGAGAGUGAACUCUAUUGGCGGACUCGUGAGCGUGGGAGUCAGAUUGGGGGUUGGGCUAGUUGGCAGAGUAAGGUUCUCUGGUCUGCGCAGCCGGGACAGAUGGAGGAGCGGCAGCGACGGAAGAGUGUUGCGAAGGUGCAGGAGGCAGAAGCUGGGAGUGAGGCGCUUGUGAAUUUGGAUCAGACGGAUAUUGAUGAUGGGCGGAAGGCGCUUGAGCAGCGUGUUAGGGACAUGGAGAUCAAAUUUGAGGGUGUGAAGGAUAUUCCGCUGCCGCCUUUUUGGGGCGGCGUGCGUUUGGUGCCGGAGUCUGUGGAGUUCUGGCAGGGGAGGAAGAGUCGGUUGCAUGAUCGGUUUAGAUAUGUGAAGGAGGGAGAGGAUAAACAGCUUGGAAUUCACAACACAAUGGUCACCCCGACAAAAACCACGUCCCCCUGGAUUCUCCUCGCCCUGGCAAGCGGCGCCUUCGCCGCGUUGAACGGACUCUUCGCGAAACUAACAACCGAUACCAACACUACAUCUUUCGCGCAAUCCCUAGCCCAUCUUUUUGGUCUAGACUCCUCGCCUUUCUUGGAGUUGCUUGUUCGAGGUGCCUGCCUCGGCCUCAACGUCCUCUGCAACAUCAUAAUGUGGGCUCUUUUCACACGCGCCCUAACAGCCGGUCCAUCGACGGUGAAGGUAUCCAUUACUAACACGUCGGCGAACUUCCUUGCUACGGCACUGUUGGGAAUGAUUAUCUUCCGGGAAGCGGUUGGUGGUCUUUGGUGGGUUGGUGCUGCUAUGAUGGGGGCUGGGUGUAUUUUGGUGGGCAUGAGAGAGGGAGCUUGA